UGUCUAUUUUUAAACAUUUCCAGGUAUUCCUUCUUUUUUUCAUUUAUCCCCAGCUUUCAAUAAUAAUCAAACAGCUUUUCUCUAUACUCCGAAAAGUUCGCUGCUUUCAACAACAAAUCUUUGAAUCCAGAACCCCUAAUUCAACGAUGAGAUUGCAUCACCGGAACCCUAAAUUCCCUCUUUGGACCUUCUUUCUCUGAAACCAUCUUUUAUAUGAAGCCUCCUUGGCUAUCUCCGUCUUUUCCUGUGGUUUCUUGCGGUGAAUGCUAAAUUAUGGAUAUUUCUGAGGUGGAAGAGAACCUGUUUGCAGCUAGUGAUGCCAAGUUACAUGGGGAUAUGUGCAAGACACUUUCAGCAAUUUAUUGCAAAGUCUUGUCAAUAUUCCCUUCCUUGGAAUCAGCACGGCCUAGGAGCAAAUCUGGCAUUCAGGCUUUAUGCUCAUUGCAUCUAGCUCUGGAGAAGUCCAAAAAUGUUCUUCAGCACUGUUCUACAUGUAGUAAACUUUACUUGGCUAUUACUGGAGAUUCGGUUCUUUUAAAGUUUGGGAAGGCAAAAUGUGCUCUUAUUGACAGUCUUAAACGCGUUUUAGAAAUAGUUCCAGAGUCCAUUGGAAGUCAGAUUUUAGAGAUUGUAAGUCAACUUGAGGGGACUGCUUUCUCACUUGAUCCGUCUGAAAAGCAAGUUGGUGAUGAAAUAAUUAAAUUACUUCAGCAUGGGAGAAAAUUUGAUGACUGCAAUGACAACAAUGAGCUUGAGUCUUUUCACCAGGCUGCUAUGAGGCUUGGUAUCACUUCUUCUAGAGCAGCCCUAACUGAAAGAAGGGCUCUCAAGAAGGUGAUAGAAAGAGCUCGUGCUGAGGAAGACAAGAGAAAGGAAUCUAUUGUGGCUUAUCUUUUACAUCUCAUGAGGAAAUACUCCAAGUUGUUUCGAAGUGAGGUUUCAGAUGAUAAUGAUUCGCAGGGUUCAACGCCUUGUUCCCCAACUGUUCUGGGUUCUCUUGAGGGUGGAGGGGCAAGUGGUAAUGGUCAGGCAUUUGAGCGGCAGCUAUCGAAGCUCAGUUCUUUUAAUUUCAAGCCAAAUAUUAGGAGAUCAGGGCAUAUUCCCCUUCCCCCUGAAGAAUUACGAUGUCCAAUAUCAUUGCAGCUUAUGCAUGAUCCAGUCAUAAUAGCUUCUGGACAGACAUAUGAAAGGAUCUGUAUUGAGAAAUGGUUUAGUGAUGGGCAUGACACCUGCCCAAAGACUCAACAGAAGCUCCCACAUCUCUCUUUGACUCCUAAUUACUGUGUUAAGGGUCUCAUUGCUAGUUGGUGUGAACAGAAUGGAGUUCCUAUUCCCAAUGGUCCCCCAGAGUCUCUUGAUUUUAACUACUGGAGACUGGCCUUGUCUGAGUCUGAGACUGCAAAUUCAAGAUCAAUGGAUAGUGUCGGUUCAUGCAACUUAAAGGGGGCUAAGGUGUUUCCUUUAGAGGAGAGUGGUAACGCUGAGGAAGUGGAAGGAAAUGAAGCUGAAAAUGAAAAUGGGUCUCCGUGUCCACAGGAGGAAAUUUCUGAGCUUAAUGUGCUUGAAAGUUAUCAGGAUUUCCUCUCUGUUUUGAAUGAAGAAGAGAACUUGCAGAAAAAGUGCAAAGUAGUGAAACAAAUAAGGCUUUUGCUGAAGGAUGAUGAGGAGGCAAGGAUUUUUAUGGGGGCAAAUGGCUUUGUUGAGGGAUUAUUGCGGUUUCUAGAUUCAGCUGUGCGUGAAGGAAAUGCAAUGGCUCAGGAAAUGGGUGCAAUGGCUCUCUUUAACCUUGCUGUCAACAAUAACAGGAACAAGGAAUCGAUGUUAGCAUCUGGAGUGAUUAAAUUGCUGGAGAAUAUGAUUUCCAACUCUGAUGCUCAUGAACCAGCAGCUGCUCUCUAUCUUAAUCUCUCUUGCCUCGAGCAAGCCAAGUCUGUCAUUGGCUCAAGCAAGGCUGUGCCAUUCUUAGUCCGGCUACUGGGCAGUGAAACCGAUCAACAAUCCAAGCUUGAUGCCCUUCAUACUCUUUAUAACCUUUCUACCGUGCAGUCCAACAUUCCGAGUCUUCUUGCAGCUGGCAUAGUUAGUGCCCUCCAGUCACUCCUGGUCUUGGGCGACCAUACCUGGACGGAGAAAUCCAUUGCAGUUUUGAUAAAUUUAGCUUCAAGUCCAGCAGGAAGAGACGAGAUGGUAUCAGCCUGUGGUGUCAUAAGUGGUCUGGCAACAGUCCUUGAUGCAGGUGAAUUGAUUGAGCAAGAGCAAGCUGUUUCGUGCCUUCUAGUUCUUUGUAAUGGAGAUGAGAAAUGCAGUCAAAUGGUCCUACAAGAAGGUGUGAUACCUGCAUUGGUGUCGAUUUCAGUAAAUGGGACAACAAGAGCGAGGGAGAAGUCACAAAAGCUUCUGAUGCUAUUCCGGGAACAACGGCAGCGAGAUCAUCCGCCUGCUGCUGAGAAAGUCAAACAAGUUGAAAUCAAUGAAGAUCUCAUGCCCGCUCUUGCCUCAGCUCCGGAAUCGAAGCCGUUCCUUAAAUCGGUAUCGAGAAGAAAAAUAGGUAAAGCAUUUAGCUUUCUAAAGAAGAGCAAGAGCUACACAGUUUAUCAGUGUUGAAAAGAGGCAAAAGAAAAAAAUGCCAAUGUAAAUGCUUUUGUUGUAUUUUCUUUUUCUUUGGUCAUCACAGAGAAGCAGAAAAUGUACAGGCCCUUUGUAACCUAUAUAUGGACAUUUUGUCUUCCUUAUUUACCUUUUCUAGUUUAUAACUAAUUAACCGAUCAUUAAUAAUAA